CACAAACAAAACACAAGAGGCUAAAGAUGGGUUUCAUUGGUAAGAGUGUUUUGCUAACUCUCAUAGCACUUUGCUGCUUCAUUUCCUCUGUUUUCAGUAUUCAUACGUUUCAACCUGCAAUGAAACUAAUAACACCAUUGCCCACUCCCCCACCGGCCAAAGCUCCUAUCAAGAUACCAACUCUUCCACCAGCCAAAGCUCCGAUCAAGGUACCAACUCUCCCACCUUCCAUAGCUCCGAUCAAGCCUCCUGUUCUCCCACCGGUUUCUCCUCCUAAGUUUAGCAGGACACUAGUGGCCGUGCGGGGUGUGGUCUUCUGCAAAGCCUGCAAGUACGCCGGUAUAAACAAUCUCGAAGGCGCCAAACCCGUUAAAGGUGCGGUGGUGAGACUUUUGUGCAAAAACAAGAAGAACACGACAUCCGAGACAACAACGGACAAGAACGGAUACUUUUUGCUCUAUGCCCCUAAAACCGUGACCAACUACGCUAUCAAAAAUUGCCGAGCUUACCUAGUGAAGUCGCCUGACGCUAAAUGCAGCAAAGUGUCGACGCUCCACGAUGGAUACUUGGGCUCCUUUCUAAAACCGGUGGUGAAACCAGAGAAUGCAACGAUCAUCUUCAACAAGCUAACGUACGGUCUUUUCAACGUUGGUCCAUUCGCAUUCGAGCCUGUCUGUCCCAAAUGAGAUGGUUUUAUUUAAUAAUAUAGCUAGUGAAACUUUGAUUAUGGGUAUUGAUCAGUGAUCACACAGUUUAGUAAUGAUUGUGUGAAUGUAUCAGCUUGGAUUUCGUUAUAUGGGCUUUUGUAUUAAUGUUUUCUGAUUAUCUAUUGAAUAAAAACGAUAACGUUUACAAC